AGGGUGUCAGAUGGCGAUUAGCGGAAGCGAGCGGCGCCACUCCUAUUCUUCCAGUCCUAGUAUUCACAUUUUCAGUCAUUUCACUCGCCAAAGGUCUCAAGAUCAGCCCAAAGUCAUGCGAGAACGCCAUUGGCGAACGGGGUACGUGCAUGUUCGUGUGGGAGUGCAUCAAGCUAGACGGGAAGCACCUGGGCACGUGCACGGACGGUUUCCUGUACGGUUCCUGCUGCGAGUACGAUGACAGCGAGAACAGCGUCGCGGGCGGCCUGGCGCCGGAGCCGCCAUCUUCGUCGACAACGACGACGACCACAGAGACACCGCCAUCGUCGCCGCCACAGCCUCAAAAGCAGCGUCCUAAGCCGCCGCAGCACGCCAAGCCGCCACCGGGCAAGCCCGGCGUGACCACGAGCCUCAACAGCAUUGCCGUUCCCAGCUAUCCGCAGAGAAAUUUUACGCUCAUUUAUCUGACGCCCACGUCGCCCACGCCAACCAUGACCAGGAGACCCUCGACGACGACAAGAAGAACGUACAGGCCUUCGACUAGGCCCAGCACGGCAUCCUCGUCUUCGUCUACAAAGAGACCCGUGGUAACGAGCACGACGACAGCUGCGCCUAGCAGCACUACGACGGUGGCGAGUGUGGUGGUCACGGCGACCCGGUGGCCGCCAACGUUCCGGCCUCCUGGCAUCACCACCUUCUGGUCGCUGUUCAGGCCGCGGCCGACUUUGGUGCCCAUCAUCACGUUCCGGCCCAGCCGCCGGCCUCUGACUAGGCCACCAACGACGACCCGGAGGACUACGCUGAAGACGACCACGACGACUACGAGUACGACCAAAAAGCCGGCCCGACCCCCGAGUCCACAGCGGCCGCAGCGGCCGCAACGGCCGCAACACGGCACACAUGGCACAUACGGCACACAUGGCAGACCAACGACGACGCGGAAGCCGCCCGCCACGCCGGCGGCGCAAACUGGAAGCGCGUCGACGCCCGUGGGUUCCAAGAGACCGGUGCCUCCGAGCCAGCUGCUGAACAAGAGACCCAAAGGGGAGUGCGGUGUCCCGUCCAUUCUGCCGCAAACCAAGGUCGUGGGAGGAAAGAGUGCGGCGUUCGGAGCAUGGCCAUGGCAGGUGUCCGUGCGGAGGACGUCUUUCUUCGGCUUCUCAAGCACUCAUCGCUGCGGAGGCGCCAUCCUGAACAAAUACUGGAUCGCCACGGCUGGGCAUUGCGUGGAUGACCUGCUGCUCAGCCAGAUUCGGAUCCGGGUGGGCGAGUACGACUUCUCGAGCGUGCUCGAGCCGUACCCGUACGCCGAGCGCAGCGUCAAGAAGAAGGUGGUGCACCCCAAGUACAACUUCUUCACCUACGAGAACGACCUGGCGCUGGUGAAGGUGGACGAGCCCUUCGAGUUCAUGCCCCACAUCGCGCCCAUCUGCCUGCCACCCGACAACGAGUCCGACGACCUGAUUGGCCGCAACGCCACUGUCACUGGAUGGGGACGCCUAAGCGAAGGUGGAGUGCUCCCGUCUGUGCUGCAGGAAGUCAAGGUGCCGAUAGUCAGCAACGAAAAAUGCAAGAACAUGUUCCUCGCAGCUGGCAGGCACGAGUACAUACCCAACAUCUUCAUGUGCGCUGGCUUCGAAGAAGGCGGCAGGGACUCAUGCCAGCCACUUCGUAAGUCUGGUAUCAACACGAGGCGCAAGGUAUUGAAGGCAGCCCGUGAAAUCAGGCCUUACAGACAGCCACGGCCCUACGGAGGAAAAGCUGGGGAAGACGUCGACCAGUGGCUGACCCAUUACGAGCGGGUGAGCAAGAGCAACAAAUGGGACGCAAAUGAUCGACUCACAAAUGUGGUAUUCUCGUUGACCGACACCGCGCUCGUCUGGUACGAGAAUCACGAGGACGCCUUAACGACGUGGAGUAUUUUUGUUGAAGAACUGAAAAGCUGCUUCAGUGACGCCGCCGCGAAGAAAAAGCGUGCUGAGUUCACACUCGCCCAGAGGGCUCAACUUUCUGGUGAGACUUGCACCGCAUAUAUUGAGGAGAUCUUGAAGCAGUGCAAGACGGUGAACCCAUGUAUGUCAGAGGAAGACAAGGUUGGGCAUCUCUUGAAAGGCAUCGCUGAGGACGUGUACUACUUCCUCAUCGGCAAGGAUAACUUGAGCUCUGUGUCCGAUGUCAUACGGCAUUAUCGGACCUUCGAAACGUUGAAGAUGCGCCGAAUAACUACCAAGUUUGGCCGUUUGUCUAACGUGGCGACUGUAGCAACUAUUGACGUGAGCUCGUCGUCGGACCUUGCCUCAACGAUACGCCAAAUUGUUCGCGAAGAGCUUCUUCGGCGUGAAGAAUUAACCUCGUCCCCGCCACGUUUCGCGAGUUCCUGCUCAGCGCAAGAUCCCUCCAUGCCAGGCCCUGUUCCAGCAUGGCAGUCCGUGAACGCUACCGAUGUCCGUUAUCACACGGAAGUGCCACGUCCCAUGGCGCCACCUUCUCUGUGGUCCGACUACCAACCGCGUCCUCGUUUCCCCCGCCGCUAUCGUAGACCGGCCACUGGGUACGACACGGAGCCCGAAGGUGUUGCGUAUUCCCCAUAUCCAGAUAUGCAUGAUUACUUCGACGAGACGCGUGUGCAGCGACCGCCUUCCCCGGUGUGUUAG